GGCAGCUGUGAGCGGCGGCGGCGGCGGGAGCUACCAUGGAGCACAUCCGCACCACCAAGGUAGAGCAGGUGAAAUUAAUAGACCGUUUCAGCACCAGCAACAAAUCGUUAAUGGGAACUCUGUACCUUACAGCAACGCAUCUGUUAUUUAUAGACUCUAGCCAGAAGGAGACUUGGAUACUACAUCAUCAUAUCGCUGCAGUGGAGAAACUUGCCUUGACUACUUCAGGCUGCCCUCUUGUGAUCCAGUGCAAGAACUUCAGGGUAGUUCACUUUAUUGUUCCCAGAGAAAGGGAUUGUCAUGACAUUUACAACUCUUUGCUGCAACUGUCAAAACCAGCAAGCUACGAUGAACUGUAUGCCUUCUCUUACAAUCCAAAACAAAAUGAGUCUAAGCGGCUGCAAGGCUGGCAGCUCAUUGACCUAGCAGAAGAAUACAAGCGGAUGGGAGUGCCAAACUCUAACUGGCAGUUGUCCGAUGCUAAUCGUGAUUAUGAGAUUUGUGACUCCUAUCCCAGAGAACUUUAUGUUCCCAGAACUGCAAGCAAGCCCGUAAUCGUUGGUAGCUCCAAAUUUAGAAGCAAAGGAAGAUUCCCAGUGUUAUCAUAUUAUCACAGAGAUAAAGAGGCUGCUAUUUGCAGAUGCAGUCAACCUCUCUCAGGUUUCAGUGCCAGGUGUCUGGAGGAUGAAAAUAUGCUGCAUGCGAUCAGUAUAGCCAACCCUGCUCAUCACUAUAUGUAUGUCAUGGACACUCGACCUAAGCUUAAUGCAAUGGCAAACAGAGCAGCAGGUAAAGGCUAUGAAAAUGAAGACAACUAUGCUAACAUUAGAUUCCAGUUUGUUGGAAUUGAAAACAUUCACGUAAUGAGAUCCAGCCUGCAGAAACUUUUAGAAGUCAGUGGUACAAAAGCUUUGUCUGUCAACAGUUUCUUGUCUGGUUUGGAGAACUCUGGCUGGCUGCGUCAUAUCAAAGCUGUAUUGGAUGCUGCUAUCUUCUUAGCCAAAGCAGUAGCAGUUGAAAAUGCGACUGUGCUAGUUCAUUGCUCUGAUGGCUGGGACAGGACUUCCCAAGUUUGUUCCCUUGGAUCUCUCUUGUUGGAUGCGCAUUAUAGAACAAUCAGAGGCUUCAUGGUUUUGAUAGAGAAGGACUGGAUCUCUUUUGGACACAAAUUUUCUGACAGAUGUGGUCAAUUGGAUGGUGACCCAAAGGAAAUCUCUCCAGUGUUCACUCAGUUUUUAGAAGGUGUGUGGCAUCUCACAGAGCAGUUUCCACAAGCCUUUGAAUACAAUGAAGCUUUUCUCCUUCAGAUCCAUGAACACGUCCAUUCAUGCCAAUUUGGAAACUUCCUUGGAAACUGCCAAAAAGAACGAGAAGAACUAAAAUUGAAAGAGAAAACUUAUUCCUUUUGGCCAUUCCUUCUGGAUGAACAAAAGAAGUAUCUUAAUCCUCUAUACAAUCAAGAUUUUUCUCAGAAACUUGUCCUCUUGGAGCCUAACACAGCGUCCUUCAAUUUUAAGUUUUGGAGAAAUAUGUACCAUCAGUUUGACCGAACUAUGCACCCCAGGCAAUCUGUAUUUAAUCUCAUCAUGACCAUGAGUGAACAAAAUAAACAACUGGAGAAAGACUUUAAAGAACUGGAAGCUAAAAUGAAACAAAGAAACAGGCAACCAGAAGAACUCCUCACUAAGGAACCAUUGCAGUCUGUCCAUCCUGCUUCACCAGCACUUAAAACUUCUCCAAGCUUUAAGAAGGAGCAGCCUCUGUUACCGAUGAAUGACUCCAUUCGGACUAUAGAGGGCAGCAACACAGCAGACAAUCGCUACAGUGAAUACAUGGAGGAGUUGUCAAAAGCUGAGCCUGCUGUUGUCAGCUUGGAGUAUGGAGUGGCAAGGAUGACCUGUUAGUGAAACAUUGAACAGUGCUUCUUUUUUCUAGACUGACUGAAAUACAAGACAGAUUAUUGUGAGGAUGGUCUAUUGCUGCAUGACCAAAAUCUGAUUUGUAUAAUAGUGAGCUUUGUUACUGUAGAAUAGAACAGCAUGCUAAUUGUUAACGAAAGUGUUUGCUGUUCUCUUGAGAAAUAAUUGAAUUUAGCUGUAUUUAAGAAAAAAAACGUUGGGGCAUUUAAUGAUCCUUAGUGACUUAACCAAUUAAGGAGUGGUCUGUUUUGGAUUUAACAAGUCACAGUUUGCUCUGGAGUGAGUAAAACAGUGACAUUACUUUAAGAUGUGUGCAUGGCAGCCAAACACA